AUGAAUUAGGAUAAACAAUUCUACCUCUAUACAAUAGUGGAUCAAAAACCAGAUGAUAAUUUUUCUGUCGUUGGUGUGAUUGAUGGAUCUGGAAGCAUGAGUGAAUGCUGGGAAGAUUUAUGCAAGGCUUGGAAUCAUUUCUUAUUAGAUAUCUAAAGUUCAUAUUGUAUUUAAUUUGAUGAUACUGCGAUAUUAUAAUAGAAUCCUAAAUUAAAUUAACAAAAAGGAGAAGGAACAAAUAUAUCCUUGGGUUUUCAUGAAUUAAUAAAACUAGUAAAGAGUGAAAAAUUGAAAAAAAAUGUUAUUGUGAUAUUUAUCACAGAUGGAGUUGGUGAAGAUAAAUUGGAGGAUUACAUAGAUGAUUUAGCAGAAAACUUUUCUUUAUUUCAUGAGCAAGAAUAUUAAUUUAAGUUCUUUACUUUGGCAAUAGGAGAAACAUUUUCUCAUACAAUUGUGGCUGAGUUGAAAAAUAGGAUUCAUAAUUCAACAUUAAUCAGUUCUUAGAUGGAAUACAUUUAAGAUUCAAAAGUUGAUUUUGCGAAUAAAUUGCAAUAAAUCAAAGAAGAAAUCUUCUACAAACUAGUUAGAGUUGAACCUCCUGUAUCUCUGGUUCCAUAUGGGAAAAAAUUGAGAAGACUUGCACCCAAUCAAACUAUUUUCUCAGAAACUCCGAUAAUUAAAGUAAAUGGAGAGGAAAUCAAUCUUAAAUAAUAUUAAAUCUCAUAUCACGACUUAUAUUAGUUUGUAAAUUAGGUUUUCUUAAAACUUAUGGAAGAUAGUACCAGAGGGUUGAAAACAAUCAAGGAGGAAGCAACAAAACAACUCUAAAUUAUUAACUCUUUAAUUAAGAGGGUCGCAUAAGAAGAAGGCAAUGAUUAUAAAUAAGAUAUAGAUGAAACAAUUUAAAAGAUUAAAGCUUUUUCUUUAGGAUAACAAUAAUUAAAAUUACUAUCAGCUAAAGAUGCAGCACAAUCAAUUACAAAAUUGCAAUCAGCCAUUUUGGCUAAAAAUUUUAGAAGACAAGAUAAUUAUGAAUAAAAACCAGUGCCCAAUGAAAAAUUAGAGAAAGCAAAACAAAGAUUAAGCGUUAUGAAGAAAUCAGUUAAAAUCAAAACUAUUUAUACAUAAAUUGAAUAAUUUUUUAAAGAGAAUUCUAAUGCAAGUCCUUAAUUAUUAGUUAAGCUACUACAAGAAAAAAGGGCAGGCUAAAAUUUACAGCGAUAUGCAUUAGAAUAUUAAAGCGAAUGCACAAUAUUGUUUGAAUUGAUGUAUAUUUGUAAUUAAUGA